AUUAAAAACAUUAUACCGUGCUAGGACUCGAGCGGCUAGUAAAACAGCCGUGUUUUUACUACCAGACGAGUAAAUAGCUAAAUAGUAAUAAAUAAUAACAAUUGCUGGUAAAAUAACGUCAUUGUGCAUACGACUAUCGCACCUACACGACCUGUGUGGAGGUAGAUACAACGUUUUCGAGUAUUCGACACGAUCGCGUAUCGCCGCAUCGCCGAACGAACGUACCGGCACGUUCGUUACGCACGCGCACGCGCAUCUCCACAAAACACAUUUUUUUUGUAACGGACCGUAUUGUUUUGCCGCAGCGGCCCACUGUUUUGAGACCUCCUAACCGCUUAUUGUGAGGUCUGUGGCGUUCGAUCUAUCGAAGUAUCGAAUCAAACACGUUUUUCUUGUUGUAUUGUUACUUUUUUUUGUUGUUCAGUAAUCCACGAUUACUGUAGUUUGAACGACGUUUUUUGUUUUUCAACUCCCUUGGUUUGAAACUCGUUUUUUUUAUUGCUUUAAAGUAUUGUUUAUUAUAAUUUUUCGGUACAACGAACAGCACUUCUAAACAAAGGAGUAAAUCAUGGAGACAUCGGAAAAGUCGGAGCCGUCGCAUCUCGGCGUAGACGAAAAAGAUAAAGCUACAACUUCUAGUCCAUUGAGGACGUUACCCAGUCCUAAGACACCAGUCCGAUCAACAUUUUACAGCGAUGAUGACGAUGAAUCAGAUGAAAUGGAAAGCCCAAAUUUUCCACAUCUUAUCCCAGUUUAUAGGAGGACUCCUGAUGAAUAUGAUUUGGGAGGAGUGCGUAUUGGUUGGGAUGAUGGAUUUGGCAGUCCUAAUCUUCAAGAUGAUGAUCUCGUUAAUGAUAAGAAGUCAAGGAGGAAAAAAAACCGAUUAUUCUCUGAACGCCGACAUCGAUCAUUCCUUAGAUCAAAUCCCUUUCAUUCAACCGCGGAUUCACCUCCGAAGAAUUUCGAAAGUCCAAAUCAUACAGCUAUUCAAGAGGAGUUGAAUAAUUAUCUUGAGUGUAUAUUAAAUUGUCUCAGUGCGAAAAAGAGAAAACGACAGUUAUUGAAAGCUCAAAUGGAAGCUAAUUCUUCUGCAAAUAGUUCAACAGAAAAUAAUAAUGUUACAGAAAAUAAUAAUGUUGGUUGUUUAUUAGAUGACUCUGCUGAUGAUGAAAUGAUGAUGUUGUGUAGUCAAGCUAUUGAACAAAAAAUAGCUGCUGAUGCUAGUUAUAGUACCAUAAAUAAAACUACUAAAAUAAUUGUAUCAGAUUCUUUGUCAAUUAAUGGUAUAAGUCCAUUGAAAGAUACUAACAAUUCAACAAAUAAUAAUGUAUAUUACCAUGCUUCCAAAAAGUUCAAACCAGUACAGAGCAGACUAUUUGGCGAGGAGCAAAAAGACAAUUAUUGUAAACCAAAGUGUCACACAGUAACUUCAAGUACAGCAAACAAAUCAGAAAAUAAUAACUCAUCUUCAGCUACUACAACUGUUAUAAAUUGUAAAAAAGAUGAUUCCUCGUCAUCAUUCUUAGAUACUUUUGCCAACGACGAUGAUUUUUUUUUGGGUAUUGAUUUUUCGGAAAUUGAGAAGCAAAUUAUGGCUGAUGUUAAAAAAACUACUACUGUAUCAGUGACUCAGAAUAAUUAUAAACAGCCAAACGAAAAUGUUGAUAAACAAUUGGAAAAUAAACCAGCUUUAAGCAAUCAUGCUUCUACCAGUAACUCAAGUCCUAGUUCUGUACUUUGGCGUAGAUCUACUUCAACAUCAUCAAUUGUUAACAAGCAACAACAAUCUAUACAACAACCUAAACAAUUCAGCAGUGUUAUUGGGACGACAAAUAACUCUGUUAAUGGUGGUAAUGCCAAAGCUACAACUACAGCUUCUACUGCUACUACUACUACUAUUACUUCUACUACUACUACUACUACUACAAGAUAUUGCACACCAGCUGAAAUAGAAGCAAAACGUGAGCGGGCUCGACGCACUCUUUUACUUAAAUUCAAAUCCAAAAAUAGAAGUGUUUCAUAAAUUACUAUUAUUAUUUGAAAAUGUACAGUACUUCUUAAUGAAUGUAUAAUAUCUUUGCAUCUAUGCAUUAUUUAGAACUGAUAAUAUUAAUAUUUUUUUUUCUUGUUUGUAAAUCAGAUUUAAUAUUAUUUUUAUUUUAUAUCUGUGUUUAUAAUAUAUAAUUUAAACAUAUAUUAAUAUCUGAUUUAUAAAAACUUAAAAUAUGUAAAAUUACUGUUUUUUAUUUUACAUACGUUGUAACCAUUUAAGUCUCAUUUGUAUUUUAACAAAAAAUGUUGAAUGGAAAUAAUAUUAAAAUUGACUAAUUAACUCAAUUAAAGUCUAUAAGAAAAACGUGUCCUAGUUAAAAAUAAAUUUUGAUUUUUGAUGUAAGUUUAAUUUAACUAUAAUAAGUUUUAAGGAAUACUUACUAAGUAAUUUUAAUUAUUCUAAAUAUUAUAGAUUCAUAAGAAAACAAUGUGAUAAUAUACAGUUUAUUUUAACUAUUGUGUUGUAUAUUUAAUGAGAUGAGUGGAUUAAACAAUUUUGACACUAACUAAUUUAUUAUAAUGCUUUAGUGUUGUAUCCAUUCUUGGAUUAAAUGAAUGAUACUAGUUGAGUGACAAAUUUUUUUGUUUUAUAUCAAUAGAAAAAUUUAAAAAAUGUAUAAGUUAUUGAAAUUCAAUUUAAACUGUAGAAAUUCUAAAAGAACCUUUAUGUCAUAUAAACUAUGUUAUAUUUUACCUACAUUUUAAGUAGAUUCGUAAUAGUUAUAUGAGCUGAUUAAAAACAGAACAUUAAAUAUUUAUUUUUGACUAAAUUUUAAACAGUUAUAAAUACAGUUUUAUUAGCUCAAGUCUUAAAUGUCUGAUCAAUGACAAUUUUUAUUAAGAAAUUAAAAAGUAUGCCAAUAUAUUACUUGUAAUGAAGGUUGGUGUGUGAAAUCCUAAGAGAAUGUUAGUGAACUAUAACUUCCAUCAAUUACUGUAUAUUUUUUUUAGUCUUAAAUUGUAUAAUUAUAUAAUAUUUGUAUUAUUUUGAAAAAUUA